AUCACGCCGGGACCAAGCAUGCCAAGUGCCACAGGCUCUACACCAGGAGCCAUUCCCAACUCUAUCACGCUCGGCUCAGCGAUAAUAGCGCUAACGCCUGGUGUCUCCACCACCAUCGGACCUAGUUCCGACCAGACGUUGGUUGCCAUCACCACGAAUGCUGCUGGAAGUACUCUAGUCACCAUCAGUUCAAGCGGGGUCGCUGUCACCGCUACAGUAAGCGCUGUGCCUACUACCGUUACUCUGCCGAAGACGGGCUUCGAGGCAAGCAUCACCGAUGUUGCACGUCCGGGAGCGAUCACUACUAGCAGACUGAGCACUACUUCCAGUACAGCUAUGGCUGCUGAUAACAAGAGAAACGAAGUCGGAUGGUUGGCAAGUGCCAUGUUGGGAGUCGUUGGACUCGUACUCGGGUUCUGA